ACACCUGUGGCGCAGCGGCGGAGGAAGCGCCCGGAGGUUGGCGCAGACGGGUCGGCGCCCGGCGGCACCAUGACUGUGGGUGCGCGGCUGGGCGCCAAGGUGAGGGGAAGGUUCUCCCGCCGCGGGUCCGGCGACGACCAGGUCUCCAUCCUGCCCGGAGAGGAGGAGGAGGCGGCGGCGGCGGCAACUCCUGGGGGCAGCGCGGGGGUCCCGCGGGCGGCGGCGCUGGAGGAGGAGGAGGAGGGCACCGGGUCCAGGAAGGUGCGCUUCGCCGUCCUGCCCGGCUCCUACGAGCCGCUGCGCCCGCCGCGGGCCCCCGCCAAGCGGCCCUACGGGAAGAGGCUGAAGAAGUACGGGAAGAACGUCGGCAAAGCUCUGCAGAAGGGAUGUCGUUACUUGGUGAUUGGCUUGCAAGGAUUAGCGACGGCCUAUUCCGCUCCCUUUGGAGUGGCAACACAGGUGGCAAACUUCGUCCGCUAGAGCAGCUCCAUGCACCCCACAGAGGGGGAUGUGAGGCCAUUGCUGCUUUCUUGGGAUUAAAUUUGAGACCUGCAUCAGAGAAACUUCUUGGACCAACAGUCCCAGCUCCACACCCCUGCGCCAGCCCCUUUCCCAAGACUGAGUGCUCUUCUCUGCAAAAACUUCCAGCGCUUUAUAAAAUCAGAUUGGGUCAAAGAAAUGCAAGGAUGAGGGAAAAUCUUUGAUGAUUGAGCAGAAGUUUGUUCUCAGGCAUGAGUUUGUUUUCUAGAGCUUCGUGCUAUGUGUGGAAGGAAGCCAAGGAAGGAUGGAAAAGCAAGUAGAUGAGGGAGAGAGAAAUGAAAGAAAAUAAAGGAUGAGAGAGCAGCUGGGGAGGUGGAGAUGAGUUUGGGUAGGGAGAGGAAUUGUCAAAGCAGUGGAGGAAACAGAUAACAGAGGAUCAGGAAAAGAUAGUAUUUGGUUUUCUGAGGUAUUUUUGUGGUUUGGUGGGUUUUUUUUCCCUAAGAAGGUUAAGAUUAUGAGUGUACUUAAUAAUAUACUUGGAUGUAAAUGGACUGUGGCCUGAGACACAGAUAGCUUUGUUGCAUCAUGGUUGUUCAUUUCAAAUGCUGGACAUAAUGAGCCUUUAAAUCUUAAGAAUGAUGUAAAAACCCAGAAAGAGAAUGAGGUGUGCAUGUCUUCUGAUUUUGGGGCAUUAAAGGUUCACUGUGAUCAACAUUUUAAACUUUUCCUCUGCUACUAUGAAAUCUACAGAUUUUUUGUACUGAGAACAGAGUUUAUAUCUGACAUACCUGAUUCUGGAAGCUGGGGCAUAAAAA